UAAGUGUGAGGCUGGCGAACACUGUGUGGAUGGGGAUUGGUCGUGGGGGAGCUUCUGAUGCAAUCGGCCCCAAAAGGAGGAGGAGAGAGCCAAGAGAGCGCAGGCUGGGGCAGCCACACCGCUCCUCCUGAAGGUCGCCGCCCUUCACCUUCCUCCCGCCACGCCACGCCGAGCCUCCCCGCCCAACUCUAGCUGACGGAGGCCACCUUUUCCCCGUCGAAGCAGCCAGACCUUGACACAAAGGACAUCGCUCGCCGGGGGAAAAGCCCGGAAGGGCGGAUAUCUUGACGUCUCCCUUCGCCACUUUUCCCUUUAUUAUCCCAGAGGUGUCAACCUUAUAAUUUUUGCUGCUAUCCAUUUGUAAAUAGACUCAGAAAAGGAGACCUUGGACUAGUUUUGGCUACAGGUACUUUCUAAACAUGAUGCAUUUCAAAAGUGGACUCGAAUUAACUGAGUUGCAAAACAUGACAGUGCAAGAUGAUAACAUUAGCAACGAUUCCAAUGAUUUCACCGAAGUAGAAAAUGGCCAAAUAAAUAGCAAGUUUAUUUCUGAUCGCGAAAGCAGAAGAAGUCUCACGAACAGCCAUUUGGAAAAAAAGAAAUGUGAUGAGUAUAUUCCAGGAACAACCUCCCUAGGCAUGUCCGUUUUUAACCUAAGCAACGCCAUCAUGGGCAGCGGGAUUCUGGGACUCGCCUUUGCGUUGGCAAACACCGGAAUCCUCCUUUUUCUGGUACUUCUGACUUCAGUAACACUUCUGUCUAUAUAUUCAAUCAACCUUCUGUUGAUCUGUUCAAAGGAAACAGGCUGCAUGGUUUAUGAAAAGCUGGGAGAGCAGGUCUUCGGCACCACAGGGAAACUUGUCAUCUUUGGAGCCACCUCACUGCAGAACACUGGAGCAAUGCUGAGCUACCUCUUCAUAGUGAAAAAUGAACUACCCUCUGCCAUAAAGUUUCUAAUGGGAAAGGAAGAGACAUUUUCACCCUGGUAUGUGGAUGGCCGUCUGGUGGUGGUCGUUACCUUUGGCAUAAUUCUUCCUCUGUGUCUCUUGAAGAACCUGGGCUAUCUCGGCUAUACUAGUGGAUUUUCCUUGAGCUGUAUGGUUUUUUUCCUCAUUGUGGUUAUCUACAAGAAAUUUCAAAUUUCCUGCAGUGAUCCAGAGCUAAAUUCAACGAGUCCUAACGCAACAAAUGCUGACAUGUGUACACCAAAAUAUGUUACUUUCAAUUCAAAGACCGUGUAUGCGCUACCAACGAUCGCAUUUGCCUUUGUCUGCCACCCAUCAGUCCUGCCAAUUUACAGCGAGCUUAAAGAUCGGUCACAGAAAAAGAUGCAGAUGGUUUCAAAUAUCUCCUUUUUCGCCAUGUUUGUUAUGUACUUCUUGACUGCCAUUUUUGGUUACUUGACAUUCUAUGACAACGUGCACUCGGACCUCCUUCACAAGUACCAGAGUAAAGAUGACAUCCUCAUCCUGACCGUGCGGCUGGCUGUCAUUGUCGCUGUCAUCCUCACAGUGCCGGUGUUAUUCUUCACAGUUCGUUCAUCUUUAUUUGAACUGGCUAAGAAGACAAAGUUCCACCUAUGUCGUCAUGUCUUGGUGACCUUCAUUCUCUUGGUUAUUAUCAACUUGCUGGUGAUCUUCAUACCCACAAUGAAGGAUAUUUUUGGAGUCGUAGGAGUUACAUCUGCUAAUAUGCUUAUUUUCAUUCUUCCUUCAUCUCUUUAUUUAAAAAUCACAAGCCAGGAUGGAGAUAAAGGAACUCAGCGAAUUUGGGCUGCCCUUUUCUUGGGUCUGGGGGUGUUGUUUUCUCUGGUCAGCAUUCCGCUGGUCAUCUACGACUGGGCCUGCUCAUCAAGUAGUGACGAAGGCCGCUGAGACCAGCUGAGAAAAGGAAACAGUCAAAUUACCGCACAUCCGCAACCCCUCAUCACUUCCUUGGCAAGUUUACAGAAGCAAACAGAAAUUUACAAGAUACAAAACAGAUUAACACGUUGGUAUCGAAACAGAGACCUGUUUCUAAAAUGGUUCAUGUCCCUCCAAGAUUUGGAAUCAAUUUUAAGGAUUGUGGACUUUCUUUUUCCAAAUUUCAUGCCAUCAUAUUUUCCAGUACUUUUCACAGUCGGUUAUUUUUCACUCUAUGUGUUUUGUGAUUUCAUCGUCUCUUAGAACUUUGAAAACAUGAUCAUCAAUCAUGUUUACUUAUCAUACAUCCAGAUUCUGAAAUAAUUUUCCUACUGAUGUUCAGCUUACAAUAGCUGUACCUUUUUAGAAGAGAAAAGUAUCCUGAAUUGUAUAUAUUUAUUUUGCUUUACAGAAAAAAAAAUGGUUUCGUAAAUAAUUUGCCUAUUUUGGUUAACAUAGCACACAGGGAUAAUCACGUGAGAGUCACAGGGCGCGUGCCCGGCCUGGAUCAGUGGCUGUUCAGUAUUUGAGGCAGCCCUGAUCAUGUGGCGGCUGAGCCUCAGCCACCCAUGGCCUCGCCGUCCCUUCAUCCUGCUCCAGCAGGAGACCUUCCCUGGCGCAUGUUCUCAGCAGGGAAAGGGAUGGAAAUGAUUCUUACCUUGGGAAACAUACGAAACUAUACAUCUGAGAGAUCUAGCAGAUGGAGUCUGUUUCCCUUUUGGCAGUUUGUGUCAAAGUUGCUCUCGUCUGAGUCAGCUUCUGUUGGGGAAGACCUCUGCCACUUCGGUAACGAGUUGAGAAGCAAGGGUCCUGCAAAAAGAUUGUCCCAAAUGCCUAAAAUUCCUCUGAUGCAGACCGCCUUCAGCCCUACAUCUGUAUUGUUGAAGGGGGAGGGGAGCAGUUUCUUAAAUUACAAACCCAGCUGCUUGUACUCAUGGCCACCAGCUUUUUGCACAGAGAAUAAUGUGUGUCUAACCAAGGGGGAGCUAGGGUAAGUAAUUCCUGUUUUAUAUUGGGUACUUGGGGGCAGGGAUCUUUAAAAGACUUGUUUUAUAUCUACCAAUUUAGGUUAUUACAAAUGUAAGAUUUUGUAGUUUUAAAUAAGCCUCAUUCCUAUUUCUUCUCCAUCAGCCAUCCAUCAGGCUUGAAAAAAGUAAAAGAACCCUCAGAGACGGUCUUUGAGGAGAAGGUGUGAUUCCGCGGUACACACGGCACACGUCACCGAGUACCCUUCUUCCCCCUUCUUUGGUCCUAGACCGGGGUGGGCUGUUACUGCCCGCCUGAUGUGACCCACAUUGGAAGACAGGGGUGCCCCACACUCUCCCCCAGCCCCUCUCUUAAAGUGGGUGAAGGGAACUACAGAGAGACUGGAAAAGAGGAGAGUUUGGGACAAGGUGGUUUGGAAAGGAUCGGGGGACAGCACCCACCACCACUAAGCUGGGCCAUCACCUGUGAUUGCCUUGUCCAUGUGGCACCAUGUGUGUGCCCCAGGAGCUGGCCACUUGAGACAGGGCUUGUGUGUUAUCCACAUCCUGGUUGAAUGUCGCAAACAUAGUUCACUGUGCCCAGAUUUCUUAUCCAGAGAUAAGUGGCCUCUAACCACAGACUCUUGGCAGAGUUUCUAGGCCCUCAGCUCUGGGCUCGGUUCCUCCCCCACUCAGAUCCUCAGUGGCCUCCCCCACUUGCCAGGAGUAACAUGGAACCCUCUGCUCCUCUUUACAGUCUAGUGUCCCUUCAAAACAGCAGGCAUCAGAGCACUUUGAGCCUCUUGGGGGAAAAGGAAAAGUUAUUUCUUGCAUUUAUUGGCAGGAUCAUCAUAGCUUUUAGUGUAAUGCUCCAGAAGUACAUCCACAUUAGGUCAGAAUUCGAGUAUUUAGAUAUGAAUAUCUACCUGUAUAUGAAUUCCUAACCCAGGAAAAUCCGCAGCCAUCUCUGUCCUUCUCAGCAGUGUCUUCCAGUUAGUUGAGCACAAAGAGAAGCUGAACAAAAGAAAUUGGCUGGCCCGCUGAGCUUGUCUGGGGCACCAGAUAAUGAAAUAGCCAGAUAGCAGAUGACCCUCUGUUAAAAAAAAAAAAAAAAAAAA